UCACGCGCCCGUGCAUACACAUUUUUUCUUGCCCUUUCCACCUGAAAAGAAGAAUCAUCUCGUAUGCUUGGUAGUUGCCGAUUAGGUAACAUUUCCCGCAACCACUUCUUUGCGUUCGCUUCGGUUAUGAUUUGGCGAGAUUUUGGUGCAGAAACACUUGCAAAACCGUUGAUCUGGAACACCUUUUUCGAUGAUUCCCAGAGAGAUUGACGAGAUUACCUUUUAGGAAAACUAGCAGCUGAUUGUACUAGCUGUCUUCCGAAGCUACUUGCUUUUAUCUAUUGCGUAAGAUUUAGACGUUUAAGCUUCUGUUUUCUUAGGGUUUUGGGGUUUUUGUAUUCCGAUGGCGUUGUCGGAUAAGAUCGGUAACUUAAUAUCUGCUACCAAAUCAUUGAAACUAAGCUUAGAUAAAUCAAAGGCCCUGGGGUUAGCUUUAGAGAGAUCUGGGCCUAGAUUAGAAGAGAUUAGCCUAAGAUUGCCUUCCCUGGGAGCUGCCGUCCGGCCCAUUCGAGCAGAAAAGGAAGCCCUUGUUGCCGUCGGGGGCCACAUUAACCGUGCGGUAAGCCCUGCCGCAGCGGUGCUUAAGGUUUUUGAUGCUGUUCACGGCCUUGAAAAGUCGUUGUUAUCUGAUCCCCGGAACGAUCUUCCGGGCUACUUGUCAGUGUUGAAACGCCUGCAGGAGGCGUUGAAGUUUCUGGGUGACAAUUGUGGGUUGGCAAUUCAGUGGCUGGAGGAUAUAGUAGAGUAUCUGGAGGAUAAUAUGGUGGCCGAUGAUCGGUACCUUUCCAAUUUAAAGAGUUCCUUGAAAAAUCUCAGAGAAUUGCAGAAUGAUGGGGAGAGGGCUCACCUUGAUGGUGGAGUUUUAGAUGCCGCUUUGGAUAAGUUGGAAAAUGAGUUCCGGCAGCUCUUGACUGAACAUAGUGUGCCACUUCCGAUGUCAUCAUCAUCUGCCCCUGUUGAGCAAGCAUGCAUUGCACCAUCACCUUUACCGGUCUCUAUUAUUCAGAAGUUGCAAGCAAUUCUUGGGAGAUUAAUUGCUAAUAACAGACUCGAGAAGUGCAUAGUGAUCUACGUUGAAGUUCGUAGUUCAAAUGUUAGAGCAAGUUUACAGUCUCUUAAUUUGGAUUACCUCGAGAUCUCAGUAUCUGAAUUUAAUGAUGUCCAAAGCAUAGAGGGGUAUAUCUCCCAGUGGGGUAAGCAUUUGGAGUUUGCAGUGAAGCAUUUGUUUGAGGCGGAGUAUAAGCUUUGUAUUGAUGUUUUUGAGAGGAUGGGAUUAGAUGUGUGGAUGGGUUGCUUUGCAAAGAUAGCUGCUCAGGCUGGUAUUCUCGCAUUUCUUCAAUUUGGGAAGACUGUUACAGAGAGCAGGAAAGACCCCAAUAAGCUGCUAAAGCUGUUGGAUAUAUUUGCAUCAUUGAACAAAUUGAGAUUGGAUUUUAACCGGUUGUUUGGUGGAGCAGCAUGUGUUGAAAUCCAAAACUUGACAAGGGAUCUCAUCAGGAGGGUGAUUGAUGGGGCAGCAGAGGUGUUCUCGGAGCUUCUGGGUCAGGUUGAGUUGCAGCGACAGACCUCGCCUCCUUCAGAUGGGAGUGUACCGAGAUUGGUGAUCGUCAUUAUUGAUUACUGUAAUAAACUACUUGGGGAUGACUACAAGUCAAUCUUAACCCAGGUUCUGGUCAUUCAUCGGAGUUGGAAGCAUGAGAAAUUUCGGGAGAGGCUCCUUAUUAGUGAAGUUUUAAACAUAAUCAAGGCCAUUGAGCUGAAUUUGGUGGCAUGGGAGAAGGCAUAUGGGGAGGAUCUCAUCCUAUCCAAUUUUUUUUCAAUGAAUACCCACUGUCAUUUGUACAAGCACCUGAAGGGAACAAGGGUCGGGGAUCUCUUAGGAGACUCUUGGUUAAAAGAACAUGAACAGUCCAAGGAUUAUCAUGCAACAGUCUUCUUGAGAGAGAGCUGGGGAAAGCUUCCCAGUCACUUGAGCAGGGAAGGUCUGCUUAUGUUCUCAGGUGGACGUGCCACUGCCCGUGACCUUGUCAAGAAAAGAUUGAAAGCGUUCAAUGAAGCUUUCGAUGACAUGUACACCAAGCAGUCAAACUGGAUUAUAUUGGACAAGGAUCUGAGAGAGAGGACGUGCCAGGUUAUAGUGCAGGCAGUUGUGCCUGUUUACCGAAGCUACAUGCAGAAUUACGGGCCCUUGGUGGAGCAAGAUGCAAGUUCCGCUAAGUAUGCAAAGUACACAGUGCAAACUUUGGAGAAAAUGUUAUUUUCUCUUUAUCUGCCCAAGCCGGCGAGAUAUGGAAGUUUCAAAGGCAGGCAGCCAAGUGGGAAAUUCAACAAUGGCGUAGCAGAUCUUCGUCGCACUGCCUCUGCAGUUGUGUGAUUGUCUCGCCCGAUUUGGCUUGCCCUGGUUAACCCCCACGGCUUACCGUGUUCCUAUAUUCUCCUCCCAUUGUUUGAUGGUUCGCCAAUUACCUGUGUAUAUAUUGUACUACCAAGAGCCUUGGAACUACUGCACAAAUGUUUUCACAUAUUGGAUUUAUAGAAGGAAGUUCCUCUGAACGUUACCGUCACAUUGCUUGGAUUGUCUCCAUUAGAAGGAAUUUUUGUAGCUUGUCUGACCGUGAUGAAAAAUUUAGAAUUGCCUUCCAUCCUGAAGGGUUCAGAAAAGCCAUAUGAGUGCCAGACAUGCCGAUAAAAGUUUAUACGGCCGUAUUGAUAAGGUUAGUAGGUAAUACUCCCAGCCAUAAUAUACCCCUCCAAUUUUUCCCAUCUUCACUGUUGGUUUAGUUUCCAGAUAAAGGCAGCAGGAAAAAAACAAAUAUUGUAAUCUCUAGAAUUCAUAUACUAUUUCUUGAUAAAAAGUUCAUCUAGAGGUCUAGCUGUGAUUGGAAUUCUUUAAUUAUCAUUAGUAUUUUGAAAAGGUAGUACAUGUUGGGAUGUUGCGGAAAUGCUUGUUGCUUAUGCUACUGGAUGCCUGUUGUUUUUGGGAACUUGUGUAUCACAGGCAUGAUUUUAGUGAAACAUCAUUGACAAUAAAAUGGCAAUGUCUUGCAUCCCUUCACUA